UCCCGGGGCAUUGGCUUGCGCUUCCUCGCUGGGCGCCUCUGCUCUUUUCCCUUCCUUGCUCGGCGGUUCCUGUCCUUACUACAUGCCUUGCCAGGCGCUGGAGCUUGUGGUGCAAGUGCCCGGCUGCUGCUGCUCCCGUCGCUGCGCCUCUGCUGCCCGUCGCUGCGCCCCUGCAGCCUUCCUCCCGGACGGACCCAGCAGCGCCUCCCGGCCCACCUCCCGGCCGCGCAAUUUUCCCCCUCUGCGGCGAGUGUGAUGUUGGACAUGGGCGAUAGGAAGGAAGUGAAAAUGCUGCCCAAGUCGUCCUUCAGCAUCAACAGCCUGGUUCCCGAAGCCGUCCAGAGCGACAACAACCACAGCCACCACCAUAACAACCACCACCCGCACCACCACCACCAUCACCACCACCACCACCAUCACCACCAACCCCAUCCGCAGCAGCAGCCGCAGCAGCCCCAGAGAGCCGCCCCGGCCGAGGAGGACGACGACGAGGAGAAGAACCAGCUCCUCCUCCAGCCCGCGGGGGUGGGGGUCGGCAGCGGGCUCGGCGUGGCGGGCUCGACGGCCGCGGCCUCCGGGGCCGCUGCCGCUUCGGGUCCCCUGGAGGUGGCCAAGGGGGACCUCUUGGGCGGCAAAGGAGAGCCGGCCGAGCUGGACGACAAGGAGAAGGGCCCAUCGGAGGAGAAGAAGGGGGUGUCGGAAGGGUCCAAGGACGGCGGCGGGGGCGACGGCGGCGGCAAGGAGGCCGAGAAGAAGAACGGCAAGUACGAGAAGCCGCCCUUCAGCUACAACGCGCUCAUCAUGAUGGCCAUCCGGCAGAGCCCGGAGAAGCGGCUGACCCUCAACGGCAUCUACGAGUUCAUCAUGAAGAACUUCCCCUACUACCGGGAGAACAAGCAGGGCUGGCAGAACUCCAUCCGCCACAACCUCUCGCUCAAUAAGUGCUUCGUCAAGGUGCCCCGCCACUACGACGACCCGGGCAAGGGCAACUACUGGAUGCUGGACCCGUCCAGCGACGACGUCUUCAUCGGCGGCACCACCGGCAAGCUGCGGCGGCGCUCCACCACCUCGCGGGCCAAGCUGGCCUUCAAGCGGGGCGCCCGCCUCACCUCCACCGGCCUGACCUUCAUGGACCGGGCGGGCUCCUUGUACUGGCCCAUGUCCCCCUUCCUCUCCCUCCACCACCCGCGGGCCAGCAGCACUUUGAGCUACAACGGCACCACGUCGGCCUACCCCAGCCACCCCAUGCCCUACAGCUCGGUCUUGACGCAGAACUCGCUGGGCAACAACCACUCCUUCUCCACCUCCAACGGCCUCAGCGUGGACAGACUGGUCAACGGCGAGAUCCCCUACGCCACCCACCACCUCACCGCCGCCGCCCUGGCCGCCUCCGUGCCCUGCGGCUUGUCAGUGCCCUGCUCCGGCACCUACUCCCUCAACCCCUGCUCGGUCAACCUGCUGGCCGCCGGGCAGACCAGUUACUUUUUCCCCCACGUCCCGCACCCCUCCAUGACUUCCCAGAGCAGCACUUCGAUGACGGCCCGCGCAGCCUCGUCCUCCACCUCGCCGCAGGCGCCCUCCACGCUCCCGUGCGAGUCCUUAAGACCUUCCUUGCCCAGUUUCACCACGGGACUCUCGGGAGGACUGUCUGAUUAUUUCACGCAUCAAAAUCAGGGGUCUUCCUCCAACCCAUUAAUACAUUAACCUCCCGGGGAGUUCAGACUGUAAGUGAACAUUUUACACACCUUUGCAUUGUAAAUGAUCAAGGCACGAGAGAGAGCGAGAGCAAGAGCGAGAGAGAGAGCGAGUGAGCAAGAGAGUAUAAAAGAACAAAACAGGAAAAAAAAACUCACCCAGGAAAAAAUAAAGUCCAGGUAUUUUUUAUUAAGUUACUCCCUCCUCUAACCCCUCCCCCCAUUUUUCUGUACGUUUGUUCGGUCUUUAGGGUUGUUUAUGAUUCCAACCAAGCGAGGCCAGUCAGUUAUGUGCAAAUAUUUGGGGGGGGGGGGAGCGGGGGAGAAUACAUGGUAGACGAAGCAGUUGGGAAGGGAGAAAGGGGAAAAAAAUCUCUAGUAGAACGUGUAUCUUAAAUUAGUGACUGCUUUUUUCCGACAAUGACGCGUUGCUCUUACUCCAGAGCCGCCAGAUUUUCCAUGUUUGCAGUAUUAUAAGUUAUCAUGGAUAUGUUGGUGGAUGCAGACCAUGACAAUUAAAAUAAAAUACAAUAAAAAGACUAAAUUGAUGAACGCCAUGCAAGCUUGUCAUUUGUAUUGAAGCAGAGCGAUUCGGCAAAAGUAGCCCGAGAAAGGAAAAACAAAACAAAACCAGUUUUGACCCGGAUUCUUUUGUCCUCCACUUUUGAAAAGAGCCGAUCUCUCCCUACCCCCACCCCUCCCCCGCCUUUGUUUACUUUUAGACCAAAGAUUGGGUUUUAGAAAAUGCACUCGGUGUACGAAAUGUUUGUUUUGUUUUGUUUUGUUUAAAUACUGAAAUAAAACAAGACAGAGCGAUAACCUUUUCCGUUUUUUGCAGCACUGCCCAUUCCUAUGAAUCCGAGGGGACAAAAAAAAAAAUCAUUAAUUGCCUUCAGUUUGUGUUGUGUAUAUUUUGAUGUAUGUGGUCACUAACAGGUCACCUUUAUUUUUUUUUUAAAUGUAGUGAAAUGUUAAUACCUAUUGUACUUAUAGGUAAACCUUGCAAAUAUGUAACCUGUGUUGCGCAAAUGCCGCAUAAAUUUGAGUGAUUGUUAAUGUCGUCUUUUUAAAAAAAAUCUUGAUUGUGAUACUGUGGUCAUAUGCCCGUGUUUGUCACUUACAAAAACAAUGUUUACUAUGAACACACAGAAAUAAAAAAAAAUAGGCUAAAUUCAUAUAUA